GAUGGAAAUUUCACUAGUGUCUGCACAGUGUUAAGGCUAGCUCCACCUCAAACACUAUAAAUAUAUAUAAGUAGCAGCUGCAGUUGGUCGCACUAAUUCGGUGGCUUUUCUUAUUGAAAAUUUCAUUUUAAUAUGGCGAAAAUUUUUGAGUUUCUCAGCGUGCUGAUAGCCAUUUUGGCUAUAACCAAUGCUGCAUCGGUGGAUUUAACAGCAUGUGAGACUACAACAGCGCCUCCGUGUUCUACGACUCCUCCUCAAACAACUCCUUGUAUAACAACAACACCUUCAGUAAUAACCACGUUACCGCCAACCACCGCAACUACUACAACGUGCACUACAACUACCAUUAUUCCAACUACAACUCACACCACGACUCCAAAGACAACAACAACCACAACUACUCCAAGCACAACAACUACUACCACUACAACAACUACAACUACCACUACUCCAGCGACAACAACUACUCUAAUCACAACUACAACGUGUAAAACAACUACCAGCACUCCAAGCACAACUACACCAAUUACAACAACAACGACUACUCCAACGACAACAACAACAACUACUCCAAAGACAACAACAACCACGACUACUCCAACGACAACAACCACUACUCCAAGCACAACAACUACACCAUGCACAACAACUACUACUACUCUAACGACAACAACCACAACUACUCCAAAGACAACAACAACCACAACUACUCCAAGCACCACAACCACAACAACUACACCGUGUACAACAACUACUACUACUCUAACGACAACAACAGCAACUACUCCAAAGACAACAACAACCACGACUACUCCAACGACAACAACCACUACUCCAAGCACAACCACCACAACAACUACGCCGUGUACAACAACUACUACUACUCUAACGACAACAACAACGACUACUCCAACUACAACAACCACUACUCAAAGCACCACAACGACCACUACUCCAAGCACAACAACGACUACUACUCCAAGUACAACCACAACGUGCACAACAACUACCAGUACUCCAAGCACAACUACUCCAAUUACAACAACAACCACUACUCCAAGCAUAACCACCACAACAACUACUGUUGCUCUAACGACAACAACAACAACUACUCCAAGCACCACAACCACCACUACUCCAACGACAACAACCACUACUCCAAGCACAACAACUACACCAUGCACAACAACUACUACUACUCCAACGACAACAACCACUACUACUCCAACGACAACAACCACUACUCCAAGCAAAACCACCACAACAACUACGCCGUGUACAACAACUACUACUACUCUAACGACAACAACAACGACUACUCCAACUACAACAACCACUACUCAAAGCACCACAACCACAACAACUACACCGUGUACAACAACUACUACUACUCUAACGACAACAACAGCAACUACUCCAAAGACAACAACAACCACGACUACUCCAACGACAACAACCACUACUCAAAGCACCACAACGACCACUACUCCAAGCACAACAACGACUACUCCAAGCACAACAACGACUACUACUCCAAGUACAACUACUCCAAUUACAACAACAACGUGCACAACAACUACCAGUACUCCAAGCACAACUACUCCAAUUACAACAACAACCACUACUCCAAGGACAACAACAACAACUACUCCAACGACAACAACCACUACUCCAAGCACAACCACCACAACAACUACGCCGUGUACAACAACUACUACUACUCUAACGACAACAACAACGACUACUCCAACUACAACAACCACUACUCCAAGCACAACAACGACUACUACUCCAAGGACAACAACUACUCCAAGUACAACUACAACGACUGCUCUAACGACAACAACCACUACUCCAAGCACAACCACCACAACAACUACAACGUGCACAACAACUACUUCUGCUCCAACGACAACAACAACCACCACACCAAGGACAACAACAACCACUACCCCAAGCACAACCACCACAACAACUACAAGCACUACACUACUUACAACAAUUACUACGCCGUGCACAGAAGCACAAACGACGCCUCCACCAGCAACAGCUUGUACCACGACUCCAGCACCAACACCAUGCCCAAACUCAUUGUCCGUCAAUUCUAAUAGUAAACCAAUGGCUUCCCCACAGGGUAUGGUAUCGAACGUGGAUAACUAUUUGGAGAGCAUUUGCUUAGAUAAGAGGAACGGCUUUUUGUUGCCUUCGUUGAGAAAUUGCAAUGAUUACUACGUCUGCCGCAAUGGAGUUGCUGUCGAACUCAGCUGUGCUAAACUUCAUUUCAAUCCAUUGAAGGGAGUCUGUGAUCGACCUGAAUAUGCUGGUUGUCGCCUUGCUUAAAAUGUUAUUUUCAAGCACAGUAAUUAUUGAAAGGGAAAUUUGCGAUUAAAAAACCCUCAUUAUACACACACACAUAUAUUCCUCUAAAUAAAUGUAAAAUGUGUUGCUAGAAAUAAAUGACUUCGCUACUAUUAUCAUA